GAAACCGCAAAAAAGGUAGACGCUGAAAUAUGAUUGCAGGGCCCCUAUACGUUCCAUUGGCGAAUAUGGAAUGAUUAAAGUUGGCUGAAAGUAGUCCUACACGAUUUGAACAGCCGACCACAUUGUGCUCGCUAAUUUAAAAAUGGCGGCCCCCGUGACAUCACGUUGUUUCGAACGGUUACUCGAUAUUCCGAGGCUACAUCGCAUCUUCAGGCCCGUUUCCACAUCCACUAGCAGACAACGCAAAGUAUCAGACCCGAACUACAAAACCGACCUCGUCUAUUCCCGCCUCAUCGAGCAUGCAGGCGAUAAGCGCUCGCUUUCGCUUGCCGACUGGGACAGCUUCAAGUCGAAGAUGACGUUGAAUCCCAUAACGUUCAAUAACACCAUCAUGACGUGCCUCGUCGCCAAGCAAAACUACCCUCUGGCCAAGUCCUUCCUCGACUAUUUGAGGUCUUCGAGUAACAGCAAACCCAGCGCGCUGUUACUGGCCCAGUACAUGGCACUCUGCUCCGACGAAGCUGAGCUGCUGUCCUGUUACAAUGCCAUCAAGAGCGGUAUGGGCGGUAAUCUCUUACUGGACACUCGCACCAGAGACGCGGUGAUCUGCGGACUAUGCAGAACGAGUCUCUGGAAGGAGAGUCUGCCUCUGCUGGAAAGUGAACCUGAGCUGUGUCGACCCACGUCUCUAUCCUUGAACGCUGUCGCCGACGCGGCGUUCAAACACGGAGAUAUGGAUGUCGCUUGGGACGCGAUGCAAAAACUGACGCAACCGCCGCUCCAAAUAUUUUCUAGCUCUCUGGGAGCCUGCCUUGGUGCUUGCUCGAAACUGGUGCGCGAUGGCGAGACGGGGAAAGCGUUGAACUUGGUGACGAGACUGUUGGAGUUUCUCGCGAACGCCGAAGUCGUGGUGGCUCGAACGGUCGGAGAAAUGCUCAAGGAGUUCUACGAAAAGUUUGAGGAAGGCCCGGCGUGGAAGGGUACCUUUGCGGAGAUCGGCAGGGAUGGAACCUGCAGCUCAUGUGGAUGCCUACUGGAAUCUUCUGACCUGACUAGACAGGAGUUUGAAGAACUGCGACUGGCGGUUCUCGCGAGCAUCAUGAAAGGGAGCGACCUGUUCUUAAACACGACCCCGAGAGAGUUGGAGGACUUCGAACGCUUUUUGAGUAGAGCUCCGUCGUUUGACGUCGUCAUCGACGGCCUCAACGUUGCACUCAAGGGAAACGCAAACAGCAACGGAGACAAAGCUAGAAACUUGCUGCUUGUGGUGAAGCACUACACGCUGGUAGAGAAGAGGAAGGUGCUCGUGGUUGGGAGGAAGCACAUGCGCAAAUGGCCUCGGAACGUCAUGGACCAAGUCUGGAGCCACUGUGUGUACUACCUGACAAAUGACUUGUCGGAAGACGACCCCUUCCUGCUUUGUGCCGCGUUCUCUAGGGGACCCGGGACGGUGGUGGCCUCUAGGGACCUGAUGCGCAACCACCGCUACAAGCUGCACGAGGACUCCAGGAUGGGCGGCCUCUUCGACAAGUGGCGCAGGACGCACCAGGAAGUGCUAGACGUCAGCUGGGGAAAGCUCUCGGUGCUGAAACCAGCAAGGCACCAGAUUUCUGUUCAGGGCAGCAACGCAAAAGGGUGGCACAUUCCAUACGACGACGGAUCCGAACUGGAACCCUACGACAUUCGCACUACGUGGUUGUGUCUGAAGACACGGGAGCAGUCUGUAUGGCAUGCAGCAGACCCUCGUCAGUGCACAGCGUCGACGAAGUGAUUGCGAGACAACGGAUAUCAGCGAAGCACAGAGAUGGGGAUGGCUUUUGGAUUGUUGCCUGAAACACAUCUCCUCAUAGUGUGCUUUGCAUCGUACAUAUAUAUUUUUCAUACAUUGAAGCGUCCAUAUAAAAGCAACAUAAUUGUAUCCCAACGUUCUUCAACAGUGCGAGACAGCUCGUUGUAAUCCUGGUGAUGGUUUCUAGAAGAAAUAAUGCAGCAGAUGAUGGGUGUCGAAGCAUUGCGGUCUUUAGCUGCUAGAAUUUUGAUGGAACAUUUACGGCUGAAGAGGCAAGCUGCAACGAAAGGCCAUUUCGCACAUACGUCGUAGUGCUAAAGAAACACUAGGAACAGUGUUGACUGACCUGAAGGCAACUCAACUUAACUCAGCGCAGGAGCAGGGCUGUAUCAGGGCCUCAUCACCAAUGGAGGACGAAGCCAGUGCUGUACACUAGGCAAGUUCAGCGUUAUUUCCGGCGCUGACCAAUAGCACUGUAGAGCAUGUGUGAACAGGCCACGAGCAGACAAGCAGGUAAAUGUCAUUGUGCACUUCUGGCAUCGAACACAUUAGUGGCUCUAGAAAGCACGACAAGCGUUGCAAAGGCAGUGGGUGGAAAAUCGACCGACAAAGUGAAGAUUCAACAACGCACCCUUCAAAGAUAGGCUCCAGGCAUCGUACCUCUCUUAAGAAAGACUGCCGACUAGACAGUGAAAAUAAACCCAAAAAAUUAGAAAAAGCAUU